AUGCGCUUCUUUUUGUUAGGUGUGAACGUUUUGAACGACGAGGAGGAGGAGGAGACGGCGCAGGGCGCAACCCACACCCGGCUGGAAGCGGGACCAGAGGCGACGGGACGGAGCGACUGUCGGACGGGACAGUUGGAGGAACACGAGAGUGAGGGACUCUCGGAACCCAGCAGUGAUGCUGUGUCCAAAGCCACGGUGGAGUGGCAGAGAACAAGCCCGAGAGGGUUGUUGCUGUUGUCGCGGUCGGGGAGCGCUUUAGCGAGGUCUUUUAUUUCUGCUGAAGAGCAGUCUCUUUCAGCAAGGCCUAAGGUGAGCCCAACGGUCUUCCUUUCUUGCACCGUCGUCGGCUGCAACCAAGUGUUCUCGGACGAGAGGGAGUGGGCGGAGCACACCCGAGGCAGGCUUUGUCUACCGGAGGAGGCACGGAGUAAGUAUGCCAGGGGCAUGAGGUCGGAGGCCGCGCCCAGGGUAGUGCGUUCGCCUAGCUGUCCUUACCCAGGUUGUGGUAAGCGGUAUGCUACACCCGGUGGGUUGAAGACACACCAGCUCCAGGAGCACGGAGGCGGGAGCAAGAGGCACCAGUGUUUGCAGUGCAAGCGGGUGUACCGUCGGCCGGAAGGCCUGGAGAAGCACCGGAGGGUGGCGAAGGGGAUGUGCAAGUCUUGGGAGAGACGGGAAGAGUAG